AUGGUAUCAAAAUGUCCAGCCGGGGUUAACUGCACCCACAACCGCGGUCCAUCCAUCGCCCCAAUUAUUUUGCCGAUUUUUGUGCUUGCCGUCCUAGCCGUCGCUGCUCGAACAUAUAGCAGACGUCUAAUUAGGCAAAGCAGGACCUCUUCAGACUUCACUAUCAUUGCUGGACUUAUAUUCUCAGCAUCAGUAACUGCGAUGGUUCUGUACAGUCCCCGACUCGGAUUGGGUCGUCACAUAACAGAAGUUCCCCCCGAACAGAUAGAACGUCUUCUGAUAUCCCUCUACGUGGGCUGUAUUCUCUACGCCAUCGCGAUAGUAGUCAUCAAAAUCUCCAUCUUGCUGCUAUACCGCUCGCUUUUCCCGACUCCGGGAAUCGACUUGGCAACAAAGAUUAUUGGAGCGGUAAGCGUUGCUUGGGGACUAGAGACGGCUCUGGUUGGGAUUCUAUCUUGCAGGCCUAUGAGAGCUUUUUGGGAUAUCACAGUCACGGAAAAGAAAUGUAUUAACACGACUGCCUUCUUUAUCGCCAACUCAGCAGCACACGUUAUAAUCGAUGUCGCCAUUUUGACUCUGCCGAUCAGGAAGGUUUGGCCGUUGAAGAUGUCUGUUCAGAAAAAGAUUGUUGUGUCCUUCAUGUUCUUGCUUGGCGGAUUUAUUUGCAUCAUCGGCAUCAUCAGGCUGUUCUUCCUAGCCACGCUGAAAAUGACGGAUGUAACGUACAGCUUAGUUGACACGUAUGUAUGGAGCUCCGUCGAAACUAGUGUCGGCGUUAUCUGUGCAUGCCUUCCAACUCUCCGACCAUUAUUUACGAAGCUCUUCCCUAAGGGCGGGUUCGAGACCCGAGUCGCGACUGCACCUCAGCUUUAUAGCACAGACAGGCACCAGCCGCAUAACCAACUCGACAUUGAAAACUUCGAGCGCAUUCCUGAAUAUCAACUUGGAAACCUUUCGCCAGGCUCAGAUAGUAACAAGGCAAUUGUUGUUACUCGCGUGGUGAAGCAGGAGGAUCGUGUUGGAAAAUUGAGCCUGGAUUCAACCAAGGAGUUGUGGAGGUACAGCCACUAA